AUGCCUUACAGCUGCUCCCUGCCCAGCCUGAGCUGCAGCUCCAGUUGCUUCUCCCGGCCCUGUGUGCCCCGCAGCUGCCACGGCUCCACCUUGCCCGGGUCCUGCAACAUCCCCGUCAACGUGGGCAACAGCGGCUGCUUCUGUGAGGGUUCUUUCAAUGGCAACGAGAAGGAGACCAUGCAGCUCCUGAACAGCCGGCUGGCCAACUACCAGGAGAAGGUGCGCCAGCUGGAGCGGGACAACGCAGAGCUGGAGAGCCGCAUCUGGGAGCAGAGCCAGCAACAAGAUCCCCUUGUGUGCCCCGACUACCAGUCCCGCUUCCGGACCAUAGAGGAUCUCCAGCAGAAGGACUGUUAG